UGUGCUUGGUUUUUAAUUCUUUGGUCGUAGGAUAAUGAUAUAUUGUAUCUUUGGGAUAUAGAAACUAAGGGGAUAUGCACGUGGUAUAAGUAUAAUUUUGUACUUUUUUUGUUAGUUCUGGCCAGUGCAAAUUUACUGGCUAGCGUUGUAAGAGCAUUUCACCUCACCCCCUUUUCCCGUUAGCCUGUUAGCUUUCUCUUCCAUAGUUUUUGUGGGACAGCUGAAAAAAAGAGUUUGGAGAAAUGGCGGAAACCAAAAUAAUAUACCACAUCGACGAGGAGGAGACCCCGUAUUUGGUGAAGAUUCCGAUUCCUGCCGAAAGUAUCACUUUGUUGGAUUUUAAACAGGUCUUGAACAAGCCCAACUAUAAAUUCUUCUUCAAGUCUAUGGACCAGGACUUUGGGGUGGUGAAGGAAGAGAUCUCGGAUGAAAGUGCUAAGCUCCCGUGCUUUAACGGCCGUGUGGUGUCAUGGUUGGUAUCAUCAGACACCCCAGCAGCAGCAGAGCUGGUAUCACCUGUCCUUCCUCCGCCCCCAGCAGAAGUCCGGUCCCUGCCCUCACCCCCUCCUCCUCCCCUCCCACCCCCACCUGUUGAGAGGACCGGGGGCAUCGGUGACUCCAGACCCCCAUCAUUCCAUCCCAAUGCAGCAGACAGUGUGGAGAACCUGGAUGACCAGUCGGAAACAGAGUCUGUGGUGUCCUUUAGGAGAGAGCGACCCAGACACAGGGAGGCCACGGAGCAGCGUGGGCCGAGGAUGAACGGCCAGAGUGGCAUGGAGCGCCACCUAGCGGGCUAUGAGAGUGCUACUACUGUGAUGAGCAGCGAGCUGGACACCACCAGCUUCUGUGACUCUGAGGAGGACGACACCAUCAGCCGAUUCAGCGGCUCCACGGAGCAGAGCACGGCUUCCAGGCUGCUCAAACGCCACCGCAGACGCAGGAAACAGCGCCCCCCGAGGCUAGAAAGGGCGUCGUCGUUCAGCAGUGUGACAGACUCCACCAUGUCUCUGAACAUCAUCACCGUUACACUCAACAUGGAGAAGUACAACUUCCUGGGUAUCAGUAUCGUCGGGCAGAGCAACGAGAGGGGCGACGGGGGCAUCUACAUCGGCUCCAUAAUGAAGGGAGGGGCGGUGGCAGCAGACGGACGCAUCGAACCCGGGGACAUGCUGCUACAGGUGAACGACAUCAACUUUGAGAACAUGAGCAACGAUGACGCUGUGCGUGUGCUGAGGGAGAUCGUACACAAACCGGGACCCAUCAUCCUGACCGUGGCAAAGUGCUGGGACCCGUCACCUCAGGGUUACUUCACACUCCCUCGCAAUGAGCCAAUCCGGCCAAUUGACCCAGCAGUGUGGGUGAACCACUCGGUGGCCCUGACGGGGGCCUACCCCCCCUACACCGCCAGCUCCGCUCUCAGCACCGUCACCUCUUCCUCCUCCGUCACUGAGACAGAACGUUUUGAUGACUUCAACCUGUCCCUCCACUCUGACAUGGCGUCGGUGGCUAAGGCCAUGGCGUCCCCGGAGUCUGGCCUGGAGGUCAGAGACAGGAUGUGGCUCAAGAUCACCAUCCCCAACGCCUUCCUGGGUUCUGACGUGGUGGAGUGGCUUUACCACCACAUCGAGGGCUACCAGGACCGCCGCGAGGCCCGGAAGUACGCCAGCAAUCUGCUGAAGGCCGGCUUCAUCCGCCACACGGUCAACAAGAUCACCUUCUCAGAGCAGUGUUACUACAUCUUCGGAGACUUCAGCGACUGCGAGAACUACAUGGCCAACCUGUCCCUGAACGACAACGACGGCUCCAGUGGGGCCUCUGACCAAGACACCCUGGCCCCCCUGCCCCUCCCGGGGGUCACGCCCUGGCCCCUGCUGCACUCCUUCCCCUCCUUCCAGUAUCCCCACCCCCACCCUUACUCCAGUCAACCCCCACCCUACCACGAGCUGUCCAGUUACAGUUUCGCCCCAGGCAGCACGGGCACGGCCAGCCAGCACAGCGAAGGGAGUCGGAGCAGUGGGUCUACAAAGAGUGAGGGUGGCGAGAGGCGGCGGGGAAUUAAGGGAGGUCCUGGCAGCACGGUGGUGGGGGGGGGAGCAGGUGGAGAAAAGUCCCCCUCUGGAGGGGAAGGGGAGGGCUCGGGCAGUGGCAGCGAAUCGGAAUACUCUGUCCGCAGCAGCCUGAGGCGUGGCCACGGCUCAGCCACACCCAGCGAACAUAGCCACACAUCACAGCGCUCGCAUCAUCACCGCAUGCCCCCCCACAUGUCGCCCUACCCGCCUGGGAUGCCCAUGCCCUACAACCCUAUGAUGGUGAUGAUGGUGCCCCAACACCCACACAUGGGACACCCAAACAUGGGACACCUCCACCAGCACCAUCCCUCGGUCCCCAUGCACCCAGGCAUGGGCCCCUCCGCUGUCCCUGGAGGACCACCCGGGGCCCCCCCAACCCGUGACCUGGGCUCUGUGCCCCCUGAGCUGACCGCCUCGCGCCAGUCCUUCCACCUAGCAAUGGGCAACCCCAGCGAGUUCUUUGUGGAUGUCAUGUAGUCUGAUUGUGUGUGUGUUUGUGUGCUUGUGAGGUGAGUGACCAUUCGUGUGAGGUCUAUGAGUAUUCCACUCUCUGGAUGACAGACUGUUCUUGUCUGGUGGUAAUUAACUUGUGGUCUGAUUAGGCCCUAGUAGAUUGGUGUCGUUCAUUUCUAGUCUGGUAAAAACUGGGUUCAACAGUGAGUCACAGGAUUUUUGGCACAGUAACGUAAAAGACGUGAAAUGCAUAACGUCUGGCUUCCCUCUUAAAUAUACUGGCAUGUUUUCAAGUCUCGUUGUUUUCCCUCCAAACCGUUUAGCUGGACAGACCUGCAAUCAAGAGGUCAGAUCUAGGAGCAGCAACUCCCCCCACAACGUUCCACAUAUCUUAUGACUCCAAAACAUGUUGCUGGACUCCAUAUCAGAUAAGCCGCAACUCUUGUUUGACUUCAAGCAUGUAUAUUGGUUUAGUUCUGCCUCUCACACCAUCUGUGAAGCUGUUGUGUGUUUUCUAACUGAUUUCCCUUUUAGCAUCGUGUUUGUUUUUCCUACCUGGGACUGACUGACUGAUUGGCUGGGUGUAAGGAACAGUAGUGGUCUUUCAUUGAAUUGACCGAAGUAACAUAUUAACGGGCCAAAUGAAGAGUCGUCGCCAAGUGUCCUGAGGACUAGAACAGUAGAGGGCGCCACUUGCUCUUAUUUUCUAUAGGGAAGAAGACAUUUGAGAAGGUGAAAUGUAUCAUGUUUUCAUUGAUUUAUGAACAUGGUGGGAAGUUAAGUAAAGUAUCCCAUUUUGUAUGAAUUUGUGUGCCAAUUAGUUUUAAAUGCAAUCGUACAGAAUAGGUCAUGUUAAGAUACAGGCCAACUUCUGUCUAGUAUUCAGAGGAUAGAUACCUCAAAUGACAAGAAUGGGUGCCAUGUAUUGUAACGCUGUCUUGGACUAUGUGGUAUAGGAAAUGGUACUUGGAGGAAGAAGAGGUUACACCAAAACGGUACUUUUGGGAUUGAAUCAUGAGUUUUCUCUCUUUAAAUAACUGUGAUCCUCCUCAUAUUUUGUAUGUUACUGACGCACAUAAGCGUCCAUUUUGUACGAGUGAACCCAGAACAAAAUUCAGAUAUCUGUCCACAAGAGAUGAGGAUGUAUAACCGAACCAUAAAGGUGCUAAAUGAAGUCAAUAGUUUCAAAAGUAUAGCAGUGUCACAUUGGGGUGUCAUUUUUUUGGUUUGAUUUUAUUAUUGUCACUUUUGUUUCUGUAUUUGAGAAUAAAUGUGUAAUAGACUGAAA